GGUCGUCACCCCCCUUCUCUCUGUAGCUCAUAACUCCUACCCUGAGCACGAGCAGAGCAGCUCCCGGACCAUUCCUCUGGCCACAACCGCGCCGAGCUCAAGGUCAGGCGUGUGUGUGGCCAUGAGUUUACCAGGGAAGAAUCCUCCGGCCGUGGCUGGAGGAAUGCAGCAAUGGCUCUCAACCAUCGUUAUGUCGGUGGCGGCUCUGCUGCUGACCCUGGGGCCUACACAUGCUCAAGGUACCUGUGAUAUCUUUCGUGGGAAGUGGGUUCCUGAUUCUUCAGGGCCAUUGUACACAAGCAGCUCUUGUCCUCUGAUCAUACGCGCGGAGAACUGCCAGGCGAACGGGCGGCCGGACAAGGGGUACGAGAACUGGAGAUGGAAGCCCGAGCAGUGCGCUCUCCCGCGCUUCGAUGCAAGGAAGUUUCUGAAGAUGAUGAGGGGCAAGACACUUGCUUUCGCCGGGGAUUCGAUCGCUCAGAACCAGAUGGACUCUCUCCUUUGCAUCCUAUCGCAGGUGGACACCCCAAUAAACCUUAGCGAUCGUAGGAUGAGUAAGUGGAUCUUCAAUUCAACCUCAACAACUAUCAUCCGCAUCUGGUCAGCUUGGCUAUUACACAAUUCAAAAGAAGCUGUGGGAAUUGCUCCCGAGGGUCUUAAUAAGGUUUUCCUCGAUGUCCCAGAUAAGACUUUGAUGGAAUUUCUUCCAAGUUUCGAUGUGCUUGUCCUCUCUUCCGGACAUUGGUUUGUCACACCAUCAGCCUAUAUCCUGAAUGGCAAGGUCAUUGGAGGGCAGGGCUGGUGGCCUCUUCAAGCAGGAAAAAUGCAGAUGAACAACAUUGAUGCUUUUGGUGCAUCCACUGAGACUUUCCUAACUGCUGUGGCUACUAACCCGAAUUUCAAAGGUGGAUCAUGCACUGGGAAGGUUAACCCCUUGGAUAAGGCGGUGAAGGAUGGAUUCAUAGAUGCAAUGUAUGGAAAACAAGUUGCGGCCUUCAAAAAGGUAGUCAAGAAUUCCGGGAAACAAAGUUCCAAGUUGAAACUGAUGAGCAUCACAAAACCCUUUGCCUUAAGGGUUGAUGGGCAUCCCGGACCAUACACAAAUGUGGACCCAAACAAGAAGACUCAAAGAGGGCCGGAUGGAAGGCCUCCACCUCAGGAUUGUCUGCAUUGGUGCAUGCCAGGACCUAUAGAUACAUGGAACGAGAUGCUAUUUGAGACCAUAAGAAGAUAACUGGAUGGAUAUGAGAUUUGAAGAAAGAAGUCUUGAUGGUUAUACUUGCCAUCACCUGACCUGAUGUGUCCGAUAGCGUUUGAGACAAUGUCCAUCUCGAUGUUCUUUUACCGCAAAUAAUGAUAGCUAUAUCCCUGCGGAGUGUAUAGUAGAGACUCUUUUGGCAUGAUUGAUCAUGCGAUUUAGAUUUUCCAAUUCAAUCCGAUUGAUAAGAGAGGUUGACAGUUGAUUUGUAUCUUGUAAGGUUGUUGUACUUUUUGCAUGACACGAUUAUUGCUGGAGUUGGACAUAUAAUAUGAUAA